AUGUUGACAAUAGGUGAAGUUCUUAUAGCCUUAGCUGUGUUUCUUUUUGUUACACAGUUUUUAAAGUUGCAGCGAAUACGGAGACGGCUUCCUCCUGGACCAAUCCCUCUCCCAGUGUUUGGGACUUUGAUACAGCUGAACUUUCAGUUUAAUCGUGAUCUCCUCAUGAAGCUGGCAGAAAUUCAUGGCAACAUAUUCACCUUAUGGUUUGGAUGGGCCCCAGUCAUCAUACUGAAUGGAUAUCAAGCAGUUAAGGAUGGUAUGACUACGCACCCAGAAGAUGUUUCUGGGAGGUUAGUGUCUCCUUUCUUCAGAGCGAUGGCCAAAGGAAAAGGGAUUAUGUUGGCAACGGGUCACACCUGGAAGCAGCAGAGAAGGUUUGCACUGCGGACUCUACGCACCCUUGGUCUGGGGAAAAGAGGUCUAGAGCACCGAGUUCAAGAAGAGGCUCGCUACCUGGUAGACUUCUUUGCAAGUAUGAAAGGCAAACCCCUGGAUCCUUCUUUCCCUCUUGUUCAUUCCGUCUCAAAUGUGAUCUGUGCUGUUGUGUUCGGACAUCGCUUCUCCAGAGAUGAUGAAACCUUCCAUGAAGUGAUCAGAGCCAUGGAGCGUCUAUUCAAGUUUGGGGGCAGCUUUUUUCAUCAUCUGUAUGAAAUCUUCCCCUGGCUGAUGUGCCGUCUCCCUGGUCCUCAUAAGAAGGUAUUGUCUUGCUAUGAUGUCCUGAGCUCUUUUACAAGGAGAGAGAUCAGGAUGCACACAGAGCGUGGGAUACCAGAUGAACAGCAGGAUUUCAUUGACUUUUACCUAGAUCACAUUGAAAAAUCCAAAGAUGAACCCAGGUCUACAUACAAUGAAGAAAAUAUGGUUUAUUCUAUAAAUGACCUUUUUUUGGGUGGAUCAGAGACAUCAAGCACUACUUUGAACUGGGGCCUGCUCUACAUGGUGGCAAAUCCAAACAUCCAAGAGAAAGUGCAGAAGGAGCUGGAUGCUGUUUUGGGUCCUUCCCAGUUAAUUUGCUAUGAGGAUCGGAGAGAGCUGCCCUACACAAACGCUGUGGUUCAUGAGAUCCAACGCUUCAGCAACAUCAUCUCAGUUGGCAUGCCCAGAGUGUGUGUGAGGAACACAACAUUGCUUGGCUUUCCCCUCAAAAAGGGCACCAUAGUUUUUCCAAAUAUUGCUUCAUCUUUGUAUGACCCAGAGCAGUGGGCAACACCUCGACAGUUCAACCCUGGCCACUUCUUGGAUAAGGAUGGGAACUUUGUGAGCCAACAAGCCUUUUUACCAUUCUCAAUAGGGCACCGUGUGUGUUUGGGGGAACAUCUCGCGAGGACCGAGCUCUUCAUUUUCUUUGCCAACCUGCUGCGAGCUUUCACCUUCCAGCUCCCUGAGGGGGUGACAAAGAUCAACACAGAGCCCACGCUGGGGGGUACUCUGCAGCCCCAUCCCUACAGGAUUUGUGCCAUUCCACGCUAG